AUGUGCAAGGAGAGCUGCGCAAAUCAUGGUCAUGCAGAGUCUCCGGUGAGGCGUGAGACUGCACCCAGCUCAUUCUUCGCUGCUGUGCAGUCUCGCGACUUUGAGGGCGCCCUGAAAAGUUGGGGAACUUCCGGCGAAGGUGUCGACUUGGCAGAGGUGGAUGCCAAAGGAGAGUCGUCCUUGCAUCUCCUUGCGCGCAGCAAAAAGUAUGACGACACGUGUGCGGCGCUCUUCGCCAAAGUGCUGGCAGCCGCAUCAGAGAUCCUCAGCCAUUGCAACGAUGCAGGUCAAAGUUUCUUGCAUUGCGCAGCUGGCAGAUUAAACUGCCGAAUCCUGGCGCAGGCUGUCUCAGAAUGCCCACAGCUGGCUCCGCUCUUUGUGCCUUGGUCGUCGUGGGUGAUCGGUCAAAAUGUGAUUUGCUCACGCGGUGAUGAAUGGGAGGAGUAA